AUGGAUGUUGAGAUAACUGCAGUUCUUAGAAAGAAGCCUUCUGCAGUUCCGAAGGAGUAUCCUAAAGAUCUUGAGAAGAUAAAACUAGGAAAGAUCUACAAGGAAGGUUGGUAUAUGGUGUUCCAGUCACGGGAACAAAAUGACUCUGAUUAUCACAAGGCGUGUUUCUUCCUUGAUGAUAAACACAUGUACUCUACCUCUUGUAUCGAGCAUGUUCUGAGUAUGACAUAUAAAUUUAGAGGCAACAGUGCAAGAGAUAAUAAAUGCUUUUUGGAUAUGAUUUGUUGGUAUAUCCAGGUUCGCAAGGCAUUGCUGAACAUAAUUUUGAAAGUGUUUAAAGUUCAGAAGCGAAUCAAGAAUUAA